AGUUAGCCAAACACAUACUAAAACACCAAAUCAAGAACUUGCUGUUCCUCCAUUUCACGUUUAGUACAACCAAAAUCAGCUUAAGAAAAUUUUUCUUUAAAUCCGUUUGAUUCUUAGUCAUGGGAAUUGAGAUUGAGGCCCUGAAGGGCAUUUCUGGAGGUUGUAGGGUGGCGGCGAAGCCGUGUGGCUCUUGUAAAUUCGCUACAGCGGCAGUGUUUUGUCGGGUUGAUUUGGCUUUUCUGUGCCUGAAUUGUGAUUCCAGGAUUCACGACAACAAACUCGUCCCCCGACACGAGCGUUACUGGAUGUGUGAGGUCUGCGAGCAGGCUCCUGCCGCCGUCACUUGCAAGGCCGAUGCUGCUGCCCUCUGCGUCUCCUGCGACGCUGACAUCCACUCUGCCAAUCCCCUGGCUCGGCGUCACGAGCGGGCACCAAUCGAGCCGUUCGUUGACUCCGCUGAAUCGAUUGUAAAAUCGAGUCCAUUUAGCUUCCUCGUGCCGACGGAAAACAGGGUGUGUCAAUCGGAGGAUGUUGAGCCGGGAUCGUGGUUGCUGCCGAAUCCUAAUUCGAAUUCCAAACUCGCAGCCUUGGAGAACACCGAAAUUAACAAGUCAGGUGAUUUGUUUUUCCCGGAAAUGGAUCCUUUCCUUGAUUUUGACUUCCAAAAUUCGAUUCAACAGCACUAUAAUGCAACCAUGGAUAGCGUUGUUCCCGUUCAGACCAAACCGGCAGCGACAGUUCCAGUUUUGACCAACGAAAACUGUUUCGACAUCCACUUCUGUCGGUCAAAGCUGUCCUCUUUUGGCUACCCAACUCAGUCUCUCAGCCAAAGUGUUUCAUCGUCAUCCCAUGAUGUGGGAGUAGUUCCAGAUGGGAACAUGUCCGAUAUAUCGUACCCUUUCGGCCGAACUUUGACCGGUGGCAGCGAUAUAAGUGCACCCAUCUUGGUCUCCGCCGCAAACCAAGCAACCCAACUAGGCGGGAUUGAUCGAGAAGCAAGGGUGUUGAGGUACAGAGAGAAGAGAAAGAACAGAAAAUUCGAGAAAACCAUCCGCUACGCUUCGCGAAAAGCAUACGCCGAGUCCAGGCCGAGGAUCAAGGGUCGGUUCGCUAAACGGACCGAAACCGAAACAGAAGAAGAUCGCAUCUUCAGCCCUGCUUCCGCCGCCACGGCCGCCGCUUUCCUGACGGAUACCCAGUACGGCGUCGUUCCCACGUUUUGAGGGCUUCCUGGUUAUGGAAUAAUUUUACCUUUGAUCUUAUGCUUUUUCUUCCUAUUUUUCUGAUCUUGCAAUUAGAAUAACCGUAAGCGGUGAAACUAAAAGAUAAAGUAUUGCUUAUGGGUCUGAUGUAAAAGUCAAGUGUGUUGAUGUUGGAGAUUCUCAGCCCUUGGAGAUCACGAUUCUGGAGAUGGAACUGUUGCUUCCGGUUCAAAAAGGCCCUCUUACUUUUUCCCUCGGGGCUUCUGUGAUGAAAAUUUUCUCUUCGUUAGUAAAUUUUUUUUCCACUUUCCUCAUUAUCAUCUUACUAUUUCUUUUGUACGUAAAAAGGGGAAACUUUCUCGUACUCCUUUCAGAUCAAUAUCUUAGCGGCUAUUGGGAAUCCA